GAUUUGACUGGAGAAAAUGAGGUGCAGUGUUGUGUUGCUGUUUGCUGUGCUCUCCCUGAGAACCGGAGCUGCCGUCCCCCUGAGUGAAACUGACUAUGAUCAGGUUCAGGAAAACUUUGAUUUGAAUCAGUUUCUUGGGACAUGGUUUGCACUUGCAACUGGCUGUAACUGUUCCUGGUUCAAUAAAUAUAAGGAUACAAUGACAAUUGCUAAGGUAACAUUAUCAACGUCCGAGGAAUCGAAUAAGUUGAUCGGCAAGUUUGAAUUUGAUAGGAAUGGAACCUGUGAUCACGUGCUGGGAGAGUACAAGAUACAAGACAUUCCAGGACACUAUGUAUUUAAUUCCACUUCAACCUAUGAAAGCACAGCAGAUAUUCGAGUCAUCAAAACAAACUACCAGGAAUAUGCAUUUUUCCUGUUGAACACAAUGGAAGCAGUGACCCGCUCAGAGUCAGUGGCCCUAUACGGAAGGACACGGAAACUGAGGAAGGAGAUCAAUGACGAGUUCAAAGACUUUGCAUUGAGACAUGGAAUCCCAGAGGAGAGGGUCUUAUUUCUGCCUGAAAAAGGAGCAUGUCUUCCAUGGGACCCCAUCCCAGAGUCACCAGUCAAGAAGAAUCGCAAACGGCACGCAUUCGGAGAACAAGAUGAGGAAGGGUCUGUCCUUAGAGGCUUCAUGAGCACAAUUGAUACUGCAGGAGAUGAUGAACUUCUGGUUGUUUCUGACAAAGUGUUGCUGGAAAUAAAAGAAGAAAACAGUGAGAACAAUGAUGGAAAUAGUCAUUAAAGUGAUGAUUUCAAGUGAUCCAUCAGACACUUUGUACGGCCUGAUACUAAAGGGUAGAAGAGCGGAGUUUACACAAACUCAGGCUCAGUACUGUGACCAUGCUUUCAAUCUAAUUGAUCAAUAAAAUUCUGUAAUUGAAAAUA